AUGAUUCACUCCGUGCUCAUAUUUAACAACGAUGGAGUACCCAGACUAAUGAAAUUCUACACAAAUGUUGAUAUACCGACUCAAAAGUUACUUCUUCAACAAAUACAUCAGUUGAUAUCGGUCCGAACAGCUCAAGAAUGCUCAUUCAUUACACCUCCGAAACUCCUUGAAGACUUGGACGACAUAAAAGUCAUUUACCGCCAUUAUGCUACCUUAUACUUUGUCUUUGUUGUUGAUGAUCAGGAGUCAGAAUUGGGUAUAUUAGAUUUGAUUCAAGUGUUUGUGGAAUGCUUGGACAAGUGCUUCACCAAUGUUUGUGAGUUGGACUUGGUUUUUGGCUGGCAAGUAUUGCAGACUGUAUUGGAAGAGAUUAUUCAAGGAGGGAUGGUUAUUGACACAAAUAUUAGCAGAAUUGUUGCUGCUGUUGAUGAGGCAAAUAGUCAAGUCAGCAAUGGUGGGUCAGGGGCUGGUGGCACUAGCACUGCUGCAUCAAUAAGCCAAUCCAUAUUGCUGUCAUUGUCUAGAGAUAGAGGGUUCUGGAGUAGGUGA